CCUACUUAAGCCCAAGCUUGUACAGAAGGCCUUCUCUCUUUCAGCCCUUACUGUUUCUCUAACAUAUUCACACAAUUAAGUAAUUAGCGAAAUGGGGCUUUUUCACAUGUUGCUGCUUGUAUCAUUGAUCAUGAUCCAGGUGGGGAACAUCGAUUCCAAGUGCUUUUCUGCAAUAUUUAAUUUUGGUGACUCCACUUCGGAUACGGGUGAAGACCAUGCAGCCUUUCCAGACCACCUGCCAGUACCUUAUGGGUCUACAUUCUUCAAGAAACCUGCCGGAAGAGCUUCAGAUGGCCGACUGAUCAUCGACUUUCUGGCUUCAUGCCUUUUCUCUCUAAAAUUAAUUUUUGAAAUUAAUGAUGGAAUGAUGUUGAUGAACAACUUGGCAGCUGAAGCUUUGGGACUUCACUUUUUGACCCCUUAUCUGAAGCCAGAGGGAUCAUUCAAAAACGGCGUCAAUUUUGCCGCAGUGGGAGCCGCUGCGCUUCCUCCAAACAGCUCCUUUCCUACUUUGUUUCCUCUCAGUGUGUUCAAUCUGGGUGUCCAGCUGCAACAAAUGCGGGAAUUCAAGUCCAUUGUGGAAGAAGUCCAUAAGCACGGGUCUAAGAAGAGGUUUCCUUCUCCGAAGGUCUUUGGAAAGUCUUUAUACAUGCUCUAUAUAGGCCAAGCCGAUAUAGUCUCUCAAGUGGAAACGCUUGGUGCUGAUGGAGUGAAGCAAUUCUUUCCUCGAAUGGUCUCCUCUAUUUCUCACACUAUACGGGAGCUGUAUGGCUUGGGCGGGCGUACAUUUUGGGUGUUCGGUGUGGGACCUGCGGGAUGUGAUCCUAUAAUUAGGGUUAUAGUGAAUCAGGCCAGUUCUUAUCUUGAUUCAGGCGGAUGUUAUUUUCCUUUGAAUGAUGCAGUUUCGGAGUACAACAAGCUGUUACGGGAGUCACUCUGGGAAAUUAGAGGCGAAAACCCAGAAGCAUCCAUCAUAUAUGUCGACACCUUCAGCGUGAAGCUAGAUCUCUUCAAGAACCCGACACACUAUGGGCUCAAAUAUGGAGCAAAAGUUUGCUGCGGACAUGGAGGAGGUCUUUUCAAUUUUGACCUCCAUGCUCAGUGUGGGAGUCCAAAUGCAACGGCUUGCAAGGACCCCUGGAACUAUGUUUCCUGGGAUGGAGCACAUUUAACCGAAGCCGCAAACAGAGUGAUUGCUAGGGAAAUUCUGAAUGGGUCACUCUUCGAACCCUCGUUUCCCUUGAAGAAGCUCGGUCGCAUCCAUGGUUCCACCUGAUUCAGAAGACUUAUUUGGCUAUCAAUUAUUAUCUAGACAUACGCUUAUAUUUAGCUAGUUGGAAAGGUUUAUGUUCUUAUAAUUUAAUGGACGUACACAUACUCCCACACUAAAGACCAUCUCCUGUAGGGAUGACUAUAUUUGGUCCAGAGCUAAAAUUAGCCUGCAAAUUAUAUUGUUUAUUUAAGUAUC